AUGUCAAAAUCACUACCGAUCAAAGGUAAAGAACAAAUAAAAUCUAAAUCAUCUACUACAACUCAAAUCAAUAAUGUUGUUACAAAUGGGAAAUUGGAGAAUAAAAGUACCCCAAAAACUUCAAUUAGCAACGUAAUAAAGUCUGAACAUCCAUCAAUAAAGUCAACUAAUGGGAAUCUACCUCAAAAAUCUAAAAUUACAUCAUUUACGUCAUCAUCGAAAAAACCAUCUUCAAAUCCAGGACCAGAAGAAUUAUUUGAAUUAUUAUCUAAAAAUUAUGAAAAUUGGCUGCAAGCAAUGACGAAACAGUUUGAAGAUGAAGAAAAUUUUUCACCAUUUCCUAAUGAAAAUGAUUCAAAUACCUCGAAUAAAGAUAAAAUGAAUCCAAUUUUUAAUUAUAGUUUAUUGGAAGCUUUAGAAACUGCAUCUAAUGAAAUUGGUGAAAAUUUAAAAGAUAUAUCUAAUGAUAAAGUACUUCAUGAUUAUGUAGUGACAUCUUCAUUUAAGUCCUCCAAUACUAAUGGAAGUACUUCUACGAAUAAUGGAUCAAUUGCAAAUAGACCUAUAAAACAUCCGAAAAGAAGAAUACUACAUCCAUCUCAUUCCUUAUUAAAUGAAAAAGAAAUUGUAUUCUUAAGGGAUAAAAUUACUCAAAUUAUAAAAGAAAGAGAAGAAGAUAAUUUACCUCAAGGAUUUACAUUGUACGAUACAAAAGAUGAAAAAGGACUUAAUGAUGAUGAUGAAAUAGAUGAUAAUGAAAGAGCAGAAUUUUGUUCAUGUUGUGAUCAUUCGGAAUAUGAUUAUGAUGAAGAAGAUGAUGAUGAUUAUAAUAAUCAAAAUGAUUAUGAUUUAAAUGAUUUUAAUGAUAAUAAUGAUAAACGAACCCAUUUUAAUUCACAUCGUACUCAUUCAAUAGAAAUAGAAUUAAAUACAGCACCAGAUUGUGAUAUACAUGGUUCAAAUGGUUGUGAUUGUCCAAUCUUUGAAUCAUCAAAUAAUAAUGAAUUAGAAAGAAGAAUAAGAAGGAAAAGAAACUAUAUGGGAUCACCAAGUGAUAAUGAUUAUGAUAGUAAUGAAGGACCUUCAUGUGAAUUUACUUUUGAAUAUGAUCAUAAUGGACAAUUGAUUCCAACAUAUAGUAAUAUUGAAGAAAAAUUAAGAUUAAUGAAAUUAGAAACCUCGAUGAAAAGUAAUAGUAAACAAAGUAUUAAAAAUAAUAAACUGACUAGCAUAAAGACUAAUAAAACUGUAAAACCAAAGCCACUAAUAAAACAAGACAUCAAACUAAAGCAAAAUCAAAAUCAAAACGCUGAUGUAAAGACAAGCUCAAACUCAAACUCAAAUACUAAGCCAACUCAGUCUAAGCAAUCACAACAACCCAAACAAUCACAACAACAAACAAAGACACAAGUACAAUCAAAACCUAAAACAAAACCUAAAAAAUCCAAAUCUAAAUCACCUUCAACAACAACCUCCUCAACAAUUCCACAAAUAAAUCCAUUAAAUGAUUUAAAAAAAUUACAAAAAUUAAAUUUAUCAAAUGAUAUAUUAAAAAAAUAUAGAUUAAGAAAUUUACAAUCUACAACUCCAAAAAAUUUUUAUGGUUUAAUACCAAAUGAUAAAUGUUGUUUAUUAUGUCAAUAUGAAGCUAUAUUUGGUUGUAAACCUAAAUAUAUAUAUAGUAAAAAGUAG